GGAGCAAAGCUAGCGCUGGUCCCGGUCUCGAGACCCCCAACCCCCCGCGUCGCCUCCUCCACUCCACCUCCCCUCCCCCCUUUCCUCUCCCCUCCUCUCCUUUCGCAUCCCUCCUUCCAUCCAUCCCCAUCGCAUCGCAACCGCCGCAUCGGCGAGUGAGCCGCGCCAGCACGGUGCUCCGAGCCUGCCUGCCUGGGCGAGCCUCGGCGCGGGCGGUGGCCGGGUUAGAGAGGGGGAGGGGACGAGGAGAUCGAGGGAGAGAGGGAGGCGACGCGAUGGCGCGGGAGCGGAGGGAGAUAAAGCGGAUAGAGAGCGCGGCGGCGCGGCAGGUCACCUUCUCCAAGCGCCGCCGGGGCCUCUUCAAGAAGGCCGAGGAGCUCUCCGUCCUCUGCGACGCCGACGUCGCGCUCAUCGUCUUCUCCUCCACCGGCAAGCUCUCCCAGUUCGCCAGCUCCAGUAUGAAUGAGAUCAUCGACAAGUACAGCACGCAUUCUAAGAACCUGGGGAAAACAGACCAGCCUGCUCUUGACUUGAACUUAGAGCAUAGCAAGUAUGCAAAUUUGAACGAUCAGCUUGCAGAAGCUAGUCUUCGACUAAGACAGAUGAGAGGUGAGGAGCUUGAGGGGUUGAGUGUUGAUGAACUCCAGCAGUUGGAGAAAAACCUAGAAACUGGUCUGCACAGGGUGCUUCAGACAAAAGAUCAACAAUUCUUGGAACAGAUAAAUGAACUGCAUCGAAAGGUACAACUUAUUGCAAGAUCAAUUUUGACGUCAUUAUUUUAGGUGAAGAACCAUGGAUUUGUUUUAAAUAAAUAAAGCCAAAUGUUACAUUAAUUUCUUAAUUUUUACAUUUUUACAUCCACUGAUUCAUUCUUAAUAGAAUAUUUUGUAUAUAAACAAUAAUUUUGUGUAUUGUCCGCUAACAAAGAAGAAAUUAUUCAUGUUUUUGUGGUUGGAUAGUA